UGUUAGUUCACUACUCUAUGUGCCUAUCAUCAUCUGCUCUACGUAUAGGAGAAAUUCUGGAAUCCAAAGGUACUUCCAUUCAAAUCGAAGUUUUCUUUUUUAGCUCCACAGACUCUAUCCUCCAGAGCUAGCUGAGUGACUCUUGAAGACCUAAGGAGGAAAAGAAAAUGUCUCAUCACAAAGCAUCAGCAUCGGGAGGGCAAGGUCAAGAUGAGUAUAUAGAGUCUGUUGAAGAUUUUGCUCGUCAGAACAGGGAGCACCUAUUUGGGGCUGGAAAAGACAGAGCCCUAUGCAUUAUAGCAGAUGCAGGACACUCAUCUGUCCUAACAGCUGAGAACAACGCCCGGGUGCUUCGAAAGAUCGACCUGAGGCUUUUGCCCAUUCUCCUCGGGAUAUAUUUCUUACAGCAACUCGACAAGUCCAGUCUUUCGUAUGCAUCCAUUUUCGGUCUCGUCGAGACAGCUAAUCUCCAUGGACAACAGUAUUCCUGGCUAGGAGCAGUCGUUUAUCUAGUACAACUCGUUGCCCAACCUUUCGUUGCUUACAUCUUAGUCAAAGUUCCAAUUGGAAAGUUCCUGGCAUGCACAACCCUUUGCUGGGGCAUAGCCCUGACUUGUAUGACCCCGGCAAAUACCUUUGCGGGCUUGUUGGUCUGCCGGAUGUUUUUAGGUCUCUUUGAAGCCGGUAUACCUCCGUGUUUCAUCGCUGUGACGCAAAUGUGGUAUCGACGAAUCGAACAACCCGUCCGACUUGGUUCGUGGUACGCUAUGAAUGGUGUGGUAUUCAUGUUUGGCAGUCUGCUUUCGUAUGGUUUGGGCCAUAUAAAGUCUUCGGUUUUUGAACCCUACCAGAUUAUCUUCUUAUUCUUCGGUCUCAUAACGAUUGCUUUCUCAGGCCUUAUCCUACUUCGCAUGAACCAACAAGGUAUUGAGACACAUGAAUGGAAGUGGGAUCAUGUCAAAGAAGCGUGCCUCGACAUAAAGUCAUUUUUCUGGUUUGCCUUAAUGUUUGCAGUCUCGAUUCCUAGCGGUGGUAUUUCGACAUUUGGCCCACUAAUCAUUGAAGCCUUCGGUUUUGAUCAAUUCAAAACAAUUCUUUUCAACAUACCCUUUGGCGCUGUACAGCUCGUGGCAACAAUGGGAGGGGCGUGGUUAGCGACUAAGCUGAAAAUGAAGGGACCUGUCAUAGUCCUGUUAUCUUUGCCUGCCAUUGCAGGCUGCGUCAUGCUACUACAGCUUCCUCGUGAUGGUCACCACAAUGGAGCAUUGCUUGCAGGAUAUUACAUUAUUUCUGUGUAUCCUGGAAUUACGCCCAUGAUCUAUUCAUGGUCUGCAGGAAACACCGCCGGUGAGACGAAGAAAAAGAUUGUGAAUGGCAUAGUCCUAAUUGGCCAAUGCGCCGGUAACGUUCUCGGCUCGAAUCUGUACACAACCACAGAUGCGCCCUUGUAUCGACGCGGUUUGCUAUCCAAUCUUGCAAUGUUCUGUGUCCUCGUCCUCCUCCCCAUGAUGAAUAUGGCAUACCUGUAUUUUCUCAACAAAAAGCACGAGGAAAAACGAGUGAGUAUGGGUAAGAGUGCAAAAAUCGUCGACCAUUCGAUGCAAGCUGUUGGCUCAGUGCCAGUGGACAAAACCGAGCCUCAGCAGCCCGCGGUGAGCGAAGACAACGCGUUCAAAGAUCUCACGGACUGGGAGAACGAAGACUUUGUCUAUGUGUACUGA